GGCCCGCCCCCAGCCGCCCAGGACUCCUGAUAUAGCCGCUGCUAGCUAGUGCCCCGGAAGCUGCCCCUCCUCGGGGGUCAUGAUGGGCAGUAAGAUGGCGUCUGCCAGCAGGGUCGUUCAGGUAGUCAAGCCACAUACUCCAUUAAUAAGGUUCCCAGACAGAAGAGACAAUCCUAAACCCAAUGUAUCAGAAGUUUUGAGAUCAGCAGCACUACCAUCUCACCCUUCAAUUUCACAGCAUUCUAAGGGAAGUAAAUCGCCAGACUGGCUGAAGCAUCAGGGUCCACCAGACACUGCAGAGAUAAUAAAAACAUUACCUCAGAAAUACAGAAGGAAACUUGUGUCUCAGGAAGAAAUGGAAUUUAUCCAACGUGGAGGUCCAGAAUAAUUACUACCAAUGUGGCUGCUGUUUGUCAUCAAACAAAAGAAUAGUCUUUACAGUAGAGGACUUCAGAAUGACAGAUGAAAAAUUGUACAUUAAACAACUUUAAUAAAUACUCUGUAAAAAAAGAAAAUGAAGUAUAGAAAAUUUAGAUGGACACUUGUAUCUCCUAAUUUAUGUAUCUGGGUCAGCUUCUCCACAAGCUUACCUAAUUGUUUAUAUACUUUAUACUUAUUAAAGUAUACAUUUUUAAAUGUUA